UCGCGUGGUUAGUAAGUUGUGGCCAUCUGUUUAAACGAGGAAUUUCUUACGCCGUGUGUAUUUACAUGAUAUGUUGCUUAUUGUCCUUACUAUUUGAUGAUCAUAGCCGGGAACGUAGUUAUUUUACGUAUUAUUUUCUAGUUAGUUAGCAGCGUAAACUAUAUUCAAGACCCAAACGCAGUGGGGAUUUGAACAUUCAAGUACAACGUAACACCCAUCGUGUAGGAAACUCUUCAAAAUGCCCGCUGAAAUUUUAGGCAUCGUAAUUAUCGCUAUCGGAGCGUAUCUUAUCUGUAAUUUGUGCAAAGAGUCGACAAGGAGAGACGAACAGUGGAACCAAAGUUUCAACCAGCGUCGAAUGCAGACGACAAAUCGGAAUAACUUAUCACACACGCCGCCGCCUUCGUAUGACAGCCUAUACCCGUACCCGGAAGUAGAUAGCACACAAGAACCGUUCCCUCGCGGUUCUAUGUCCAACUACCUCGGAGCUGGUUUCACCUCUACAUUUCGUGCGAUUGCUGACCGGUUCACGGACAUAAAGGAAGUCAGUAGAGCGUUGAAGAAAGCUGGACUUGAAUCAAGUAACUUGAUAUUUGGCAUUGAUUUCACUGCCAGUAAUGAUUGGCAAGGAGAGAACACAUUUAAUGGACACUGUUUACAUUCUAUGUCAACAGGGCAACUGAAUCCAUAUCAACAGGUAAUUUCAAUUUUAGGAGAAACAUUGGCACCAUUUGAUGAUGAUGGAUUAAUUCCUGUGUUUGGUUUCGGAGACAAAUCCACUCGAGACAAACGGGUAUUUCCAUUCAAACAAGAUGGUCUGUGUUUUGGUGUUCAUGAAGUUCUUGAAUGUUACAAGCAGAUUAGUCAAAGUGUGAGUCUAAGCGGACCAACAAACUUCGCGCCUUUAAUCCAACAAGCAGUAGAGAUUGUUAAACAGACAAAAUCAUACCACAUAUUGGUAAUUAUUGCUGAUGGUCAGGUAACCAGCGAACGGGCAACUAGAGCCGCCAUUGUAGAAGCUUCCAAUUACGCACUGUCAAUUGUCAUGGUAGGAGUUGGUGAUGGUCCCUGGGACAUGAUGAAAGACUUUGAUGAAAUGUUGCCACGGAGACAAUUUGAUAAUUUCCAGUUUGUUGACUUUCAUAAAAUUAUGCAAAAUUCAACCAGUCCUACGACAGCUUUUUCCUUGCAUGCACUAAUGGAAAUACCUGACCAGUUUCUGGCAGUUAGAAAUCUUGGUUUUCUUGAUCAGGACGAGUGAAUAUUGAUUUUAACUCCAUCACUCUCCUGAUACAGAAAAGAAAAUGCAUUUACAGUACCGAUACU